GGUAUUAGUUAUUGGGAAAUCAGGUCAUGAAAGAAAAUACCAAAGAACCAUUGGAAGGUUUCUCCUUUUAAUUUUAUUAUUUUUAGCAGCUUGCAUAAAAGUUAAUAUGCCAGCCUGGUAUUAGGAAAAUUUUGUUUUUCUUGGCUCUGGUGAUUUCCUAUUAUGUGUGAGUAAAUCAGUGAUAAUAAUAAAAACAUUGAGGCAUUGUAGAUUUUUAUUUCACUCUUCCUGCUAAUUAUGGGUGUAGCAAACAUGACAGAAAUCCUUAGGAAUACUGUAGCCGAUACAAGGAAAUUUAGUGAGCUUAUAUAGCUAAUAAGUAAUUUGCUAUAUCCAGUGAAUAUAUCUUGCCUUGUUUGAGAAUUAACAAAAUUGAAUAAUCUCGGUUAAUGAAAAAUUUACCUUUUUUGUUGACUAGUAACAUCCAUUGCCCUGUAGAAAAUUAAUAUAUUUCUGUUCUCCUUGUUAUUUGGAGAAUCAGUUAAAGCUUUAGGUAUUUUCUUUUGAUCACAUUUUAAGAGCAUAUUGGCUUAUUAUUAAAGAUUUUGGGGAUUUGUACCAUGACUGUUUUGAAAGAAAAAAUUAUAAUGUAUGACAAAGUGGUGGAGACCUUUGAAGAAUGUAUUGAAGGAACUUUAAAUAUUUAAAGAAAAAAGUGGUUGCAUGGAAACAGAAGUAUGUCAGGUUUUUGUAUCCUAGACUGUGUCCUAAUACUUGGGCUUCAUCUGGUCCAUUAUAAGUCUUAAUUGUUUUUGUUGAUGCUAUGCAUGUACAUUAUUGGGAAUAAAAGCUUUGUAAAAUUCACCCUUAAAUGUGAAGCCAUAUUCUGGAUACCACAGAAGUAUGAUACAUUUUAUGUUACUUCCACGGAAAUAACCAUUUUAUAAUGCUUUUUAAGUUAAGCCCAUCCACAGUGAUGGCCGCAGCCUUACCCAGGACCCUGGGGGAGUUGCAGCUGUAUAGAAUAUUACAAAAAGCCAACCUGCUUUCUUAUUUUGAUGCCUUUAUCCAACAAGGUGGUGAUGAUGUCCAGCAACUCUGUGAAGCUGGAGAAGAGGAGUUCUUGGAGAUCAUGGCCCUCGUGGGCAUGGCUAGCAAGCCCCUUCAUGUUAGAAGGCUGCAGAAGGCUUUGAGAGACUGGGUUACAAACCCUGGCCUUUUCAAUCAGCCACUGACGUCUCUGCCUGUCAGUAGCAUACCCAUCUAUAAGUUACCAGAGGGCUCACCGACAUGGCUGGGAAUAUCCUGCAGCAGUUAUGAAAGGAACAGCAGUUCCCGAGAACCUCAUUUAAAAAUCCCCAAGUGUGCUGCCACCACGUGCGUGCAGAGCUUGGGACAGGGGAAGUCAGACGUGGUAGGCAGCUUAGCACUGCAGAGUAUCAGUGACUCCCGACUCUGGCAGGGCCACCACGCCUCCGAGAGCGAGCACAGCCUCUCCCCGGCGGACCUUGGCUCCCCGGCUUCCCCGAAAGAAAGCAGCGAGGUGCUGGAUGCUGCUGCUGCACUCUCGGUAGCCGAGUGUGUGGAGCGGAUGGCCCCCACGCUGCCAAAAAGUGACUUGAACGAAGUUAAAGAGCUGCUGAAAACCAACAAGAAGUUGGCCAAGAUGAUUGGUCACAUCUUUGAGAUGAGUGAUGACGAUCCACACAAAGAAGAGGAAAUUCGAAAAUACAGUGCAAUAUAUGGCAGAUUUGAUUCGAAGAGAAAGGAUGGGAAACACCUCACACUUCAUGAGCUCACCGUUAAUGAAGCGGCUGCUCAGCUCUGUGUAAAGGAUAAUGCCCUGCUGACAAGAAGAGAUGAACUUUUUGCCCUGGCCAGGCAGAUUUCUCGAGAAGUCACCUAUAAAUAUACUUACAGAACCACCAAGUCAAAAUGUGGAGAGAGAGAUGAAUUAUCCCCGAAGAGAAUUAAAGUAGAGGAUGGGUUUCCAGAUUUCCAGGACUCUGUGCAGACACUCUUCCAGCAGGCUAAAGCUAAGAGUGAGGAGCUCACUGCUCUUAGCUCACAGCAGCCUGAAAAGGUGAUGGCAAAGCAGAUGGAGUUCCUUUGCACCCAAGCUGGCUAUGACCGGCUGCAGCAUGCUGAAAGAAGACUGUCUGCAGGACUGUACAGGCAGAGCUCAGAUGAGCACAGCCCUAACGGUCUGACUUCAGACAGUGCCGAGGGACAAGGAGAAAGACCUCUGAAUCUCCGAAUGCCUAAUUUACAGAACAGACAACCCCAUCAUUUUGUGGUGGAUGGGGAGCUGAGUAGACAUUACUCCAGUGAGGCACAGUCCCACUCAUCAGAGAGCCUUGGGAUUUUAAAAGACUACCCUCACUCAGCUUUUACUUUGGAAAAGAAAGUCAUCAAAACAGAGCCUGAAGAUUCAAGAUAGCUGUGAUUCUUCACUGUUCUCUGGAAACGGCAUCAGAGCUAAGGAUAAUGCUCCAUCAUAGAAAUAAGCCUUAAUAACCAAUGUUGCCUCAUUCAGCACAAACAGAUUUCAUAGCCAAAGCAUAAGGACUGAUACAGUAGUCUGGAAACCAGGAAGACAAAACUACAGCCACAAAGGAGUAAAUUGAGAGAAUGUUGCAAUCUGUAACAGAAGUACUGAUCCACAUUCCUGUGUAAGUCAUUUUAUGUGGAAAGGCUUACAAAUUAAUACUGUAAGCAUUCAUUAUUUAAGAAUGUACAAUGUAUUUGUGUAAUUUAUAGAAGUAAAAUCUAGAUGUUGAGACCUGUUUGGACCAAUAGAUGUGGAUAAAGUUUAUUUUACUUGAAAUUUCAUUGUCCGCUUUAAGUGUUUUACAUAAAUAUUAUUGUAUGUCAGAGUUUAGAAUCUUUGCAGUUAUAAAAAAGAAAGUUUAAGUGAUGUAGUUGUUGGCAAGGUUGUAAAUGACUUUGGAAAAAUGGAAAGGAGAUACUCAAUUUAAGCCAAGGAAAAUAUUGUAGUUUUAAUAUCUGAUAAAACUGAUUUUGUUUAAAUAGGAAAUGUCUCAUUUCUUAGCAGUCAGAUGUCAUUUUUACUGGCUUAAUUAGGCAAUAGUUAAUAAAUACUGGAGUAAAGUUAAAAAGAUGAGCAAUAGAGUAGAAAAAUCUCUCCUACCUGGUUGAUCCAGGUUGCGUUCUGUGAUAGCUACUUAAAGGGUAACGAAAAUACGAAGCUGCUCCUUGGACAGAGAACCUGAAAUAGAUGGACCGAUGCACAAAAGCCUUGACUUAAACACUGUUAUUUCAGAACGUGUUAUAGAUUGAGACAUAGUUAAGUUAAUCCUAAAUGUGAUAAGAAUGAUGACUGUUAACAAAGGCUAUAUAUAUAGUAGAGUAAGCACUGUUUUAUAUCCAGAAAUUCCUGUACGUAGAAAAUCCUUUUCUACAUACCAGAGUCAGAGAAGCUAGAUGGUUCUCCCUGGGGAACAUCUUCCCAUCCAAACUGUUCACAGUUGUGGACGACCGGUGCAUCCACAUUUGCAGGCAUAUUUCUAUGGAGGUUUAGUUGACGCCUAUAUUCAUUAUUUAUUUUACAAUUUCAUUUUUGUAUACUUUUUGGAUUUAUGAAUGCAGUUUUUUCUUAAAACUCAGUUUAACUUGAAAAUCGGUUUUAAUUCUCCCUGUUUAGUUAGUGGGCUGUAUACAUAUAUAUGAGUGUGCUUAAAUGUUAAUAACAUACUUGCAUACUUACCAGAAUUUCCCAUUGGAAUCCAUAGUGAAAAACAAAUACUACUUCUACCAAUGUAUGUUUUUUCUGUUGGCUUAAGAGGAGAAGAUGUUUGACAGCUUUACCUCCUUCCUCCAGAUUUAAACCCAGAUAUUGCCCAGGAGAGUGUAUUGACUUGGAAUUGGAAUAUGUGUUUUUUGUUUUCAAUUCUGCUCUAGGUCAUAACGGAAUAAAGAAUAUUAAGUUGUAGUCUAUUAUAUUAAAAUUCGUCAGCCAGAUGUCAGAUGAAAUGUCUGCAUUGUAGUCCCGGAUCACUGUCACAUAUGUAAUUCCUUUUUCGUGUGGAUUUGUAGAAUAGCUUUACAGUAGAGACACCAGUAAACAACUUUUAUACUGUUAAAAGGCUUUUUUCCCCUUCUUAAAUGUUUUAAUUGUACCAUAGUGUUUUGCCCACUGAAGAAGCUUUUUAUGGACCUUGCAACUUUGUUGCUAGCUUGAGGUUGAUAAUUGUGGUUGUUCACUGUAUGUAGAAAUAGUAUGAAUAUGAUUUACAUAGAUUGUUCAGUUUUUAAUAUUAGCCAUAGAACUGGUUAGUAUCUCAGUAGUUUCAUGAAACGUUUCCUGUAUUCUAAUCUAUUUUGAGAAAUUUUGUGGGUUUUUUUUUAUUGUGUCUUAUAGUUCAAGUUUGUAGAUUUUAAUAAGCAACAGUUUUUAAAGAUGUGAUAAAUCUUCCAACUAAUAUUUAUCUGUCUUUCAUGACCACACAAACUGCACCUUUAAAUCCAUGAAUAAGUUUCCUUAAGUAUCAUCCUUCUCUGGUCUUCCUGUGCUGGGUGAUAGGGGGAAGCACAAGAAAAAUUUCAGUAGAAUCCAGUUUUUAUUUUGUAAACACUAAUGUAUUAAACUUGCUAUACAUUGAAGCAAAUAAUAUAUAUUUUUAUUUGAAUUGUAUAUAUGAAUUGGAUGUUAUAACUAGUCGAUUUUUUUCACUGUGUUAGAGGUAUUUUCACUGAACAAGGUCAAUUGGUUACCUCAGUAUUACAGCCAAUAUAGUCCAAGGGACCAUCUCUCUCAAGUCUCCUGUUGUACUUUAUUAUGUGAAGCCCUCGUUUCUGUGACUCUCAAAGCUGUUGGUGAGGUGGGAUGAGUGCACUUGCUUCCUGUGGCAAUAAAGACUUCGUGUGCCUCACA